AUGCAUCGCCCGCAGGGUGACAGCGGCAACGUCAUGUCCAAACCGUCGGAUGACACCUUGCACGCCAAAGCCAGUCAGGAACACGAUCACCAGAGGAAUGACAUGGACAUUGAAGCCAACGAUGCCCAGGUCAACGAGCUCGUCAGGCCUUACAGUCUCGAUCUUAUUCGCUCAGCGUCAAGACUCGACCCUGGUAUCAACCCGUUCCUAUCGGACCACCCUGCCCUGGAUCCAAGCUGUCGCGAAGAGUUCAACGCCAAGAAGUGGGCCCGAGCCCUUCUACAGCACUCAUAUCAUCAUCCCGAGGACUACCCAAGACUUGAAGCCGGAGUCGCGUAUCGCAACCUGAGUGUUCAUGGGUACGGCACCGACACGGACUACCAGAAGGAUGUCCUUAACGUCCUCUGGCAAGCACCAAUGAUGAUCAAGCAGGCUCUCAGCAACCGUCGCCAAAAGAUUGACAUCUUGAGAGAGUUUGACGGAAUCGUCAAGAGUGGUGAGAUGCUCUUGGUGCUGGGCCGUCCCGGCAGUGGUGUUUCUACCUUGCUCAAGACGAUCGCUGGUGAGACUCAGGGUCUUCAUCUGGGGGAUCACUCACACUUCAGUUACCAGGGCAUCCCAAUGGAAACUAUGCACAAACGAUUUCGCGGUGAAGUGAUUUAUCAGGCCGAAACAGACAUCCACUUCCCCCACCUCACGGUUGGACAGACACUUCUUUUCGCCUCACUAGCAAGAACGCCAAAGAAUCGACUCCCUGGCGUCAGCAGACAGAGAUACGCCGAACACUUGCGGGACGUCGUGAUGGCAGUUUUCGGCAUCUCCCACACCAUCAACACAAAGGUCGGAAACGACUUCGUUCGUGGUGUCAGCGGAGGCGAGCGCAAGCGCGUCAGUAUUGCGGAGGUCACGCUCAGCCAGAGCCCUAUUCAAUGCUGGGACAACAGCACUCGCGGUUUGGAUAGUGCUACCGCAUUGGAGUUUGCUCGGACUUUGCGGUUGUCUACUGACAUGGCCAAAACUUCGGCCAUUGUCGCGAUGUAUCAGGCUUCGCAGCCGGCGUAUGAUGUAUUUGACAAGGUCGCGGUUCUUUAUGAAGGUCGCCAGAUCUACUUUGGCUCCACGGCGCUGGCGAAGCAAUACUUUGUCGACAUGGGCUACCGCUGCCCCGACCGCCAAACCACCGCUGAUUUCCUCACUUCCCUCACGAACCCCGCAGAACGAGUGGUGCGAGAAGGAUUUGAGAACAGAGUGCCCAGAACGCCAGACGAGUUUGCAACAGUAUGGAAGGGAAGCGAUGUCAGGGCAAGUCUUAUGGAGGAGAUAUUUGCCUUUGAGGAGGAACAUCCUCUUGAUGGCUCAGGGGAAGAAAAGUUUGUCGCGACGCGCCAAGCUCACAAAGCAUCUCUUGUGACUCCGCAAUCACCUUACACUAUUUCCAUGCCCAUGCAAAUCUGGUUGUGCAUGACGCGUGGGUACCAGCGUCUCUUGGGUGACUGGCUGUUCUUCGUUGUCACUAUUGGUGGUAACUUGGUCAUCUCUUUGGUUCUUGGAAGCAUCUUCUUCGACCUGCCCUCCGAUGCGUCAAGUAUGAACUCUCGUUGCAUUCUGUUGUUCUUUGCGAUUUUGUUCAACGGUCUCAGCAGUGCUCUUGAGAUCCUCACGCUGUACGUCCAGAGACCUAUUGUCGAAAAGCACGCUCGCUAUGCUCUGUACCAUCCCGCCUCCGAAGCAAUCUCAUCCACGAUCUGCGAUCUUCCCAGUAAGAUUCUUUCUACCUUGGCCUUCAAUAUUCCUCUCUACUUCAUGGCAAAGCUCCGCCAAGAGGCCGAUGCCUUUUUUAUCUUCCUCCUCUUCGGCUUUACCACUACACUUUCAAUGUCCAUGAUCAUCAGAACCAUCGGCCAGACGUCCCGUACCAUUCAUCAAGCCUUGACGCCAGCCGCUAUCUUCAUCUUAUCGCUCGUCAUCUACACCGGCUUCAUCCUCCCGACCCGCGAUAUGAAGGGAUGGCUCCGCUGGAUCAACUACAUCAACCCCAUAGCCUACGCUUUCGAGAGUCUGGUCGCCAAUGAGUUCAAUGGUCGGCAGUUCCCCUGUCCCUCAUUCGUUCCGGCCUACCCGAACGCUGCGCCAAACGAGAGGACGUGCUCGGUCGCCGGCGCUGCACCAGGCGCAGACUUCGUUGACGGUGACUUCUACAUGAAUGCCACUUUCAGCUAUUACAAGUCUCACAUUUGGAGGAACUUCGGCAUUUUGAUUGCCUUCAUCGUCUUCUUCAUGUGCGUUUACUUGCUCGCGGCGGAGUACAUCACCACAGACCGCUCCAAGGGCGAGGUGUUGAUCUUCCGGCGUGGUCACUCGGUCCCGACACUAUCAAAAAACUCAUCCGACGAAGAAAAUGGCCAACCUGAACGCGUUUACCAACAUGAGAAGUCCGAGGGACAUGCUCCUCAGUCGGGUGUCAAACAAUCCGCAAUUCAUAAAAGCCAAUCGGUAUUCCACUGGAAAGAUGUUUGCUACGACAUAUCAAUCAAGGGCAACAACCGCAGAAUUCUUGACAAAGCUAGCGGAUGGGUAAAGCCGGGAACUCUGACUGCUUUGUUGGGCUCUACUGGCGCUGGCAAGACUACUCUACUUGAUGUCCUGGCUAACAGGGUGACUAUGGGUGUUGUGACAGGAGAUAUCCUCGUCAAUGGUGUUCUCAGAGACCAGUCUUUCCAGCGAAAGGCCGGGUACGUUCAGCAACAAGACAUCCACCUCGAGACAUCCACUGUUAGGGAAGCCUUGCGAUUCAGCGCCAUGCUACGCCAGCCAGCGGCUGUCAGCAAGCAAGAGAAGUACGACUAUGUUGAAGAGGUGAUUGGGCUUCUGGAGAUGGAGGCCUAUGCCGAUGCCAUUGUCGGAGUGCCCGGAGAAGGCCUAAACGUUGAGCAGAGAAAACGACUGACUAUUGGCGUCGAGCUCGCUGCGAAACCUGAUCUCCUUCUCUUCCUUGACGAACCGACCUCGGGCCUCGACAGUCAGACAGCAUGGUCAAUCUCAUCACUGAUCCGAAAGCUCUCUGAAAACGGCCAAGCCAUCCUUGUGACAAUCCACCAGCCUUCUGCUCUCCUAUUCCAGCAAUUCGACCGUCUUCUUCUCCUUGCACAUGGCGGCAAAACAGUCUACUUUGGCGACAUUGGCGAGAACUCCCGCGUGCUCACGAGCUACUUUGAGCAGUACGGAGCAACGCCCUGCGGACAGGACGAGAACCCCGCCGAGUGGAUGCUCAAAGUCAUCGGCGCAGCUCCGGGCGCCAAGGCUGAGAGGGAUUGGCCCGAGACCUGGAAGGAGAGCCAUGAGUGUGCCGAGAUGCGCCGCGAGCUCGAGCGUCUGGAGCAGGGCGUGGCGGCGAAUGGCUCGACGUCCAGUCCCGAUGAGAUGUCCACUUAUGCUGCGCCGUUUCAUGUUCAGCUUGCCUUGUGCACUGAGCGUGUCUUUCAACAGUAUUGGCGCACGCCUUCGUACAUUUACUCCAAGUUGAUUUUGUCUGGUGGCACGAGCUUAUUCAUCGGGGUGUCCUUCUACAACUCACCGCUCACGAUGCAAGGACUCCAGAGUCAGAUGUUUUCCAUCUUCAUGUUGUUGGUGGUCUUUGCCUUCCUCGUCUAUCAGACGAUGCCCAACUUCAUCCUGCAACGCGAGCAAUACGAGGCGAGAGAACGCGCCUCCAGAGCGUAUUCAUGGUAUGUGUUCGUCUUGGUCAACAUCAUUGUCGAGCUUCCCUGGAACACCUUGGCUGCUAUCGUGAUUUUUUUCCCAUUCUAUUAUCUGGUCGGCAUGUAUCGCAAUGCCAUACCGACGGAUGCGGUUACGGAACGUGGCGGUCUCAUGUUCCUACUCAUCUGGGCCUUCAUGCUCUUCGAGUCAACAUUUGCCGAUAUGGUUGUCGCUGGUGUACCCACAGCAGAGAUCGGAGCGACUCUUUCUCUUCUACUUUUUGCUUUGUGUCUGAUCUUUUGCGGUGUCAUUGUGCCGGUCAAUGCCCUGCCAGGUUUCUGGAAGUUCAUGUACCGCGUCUCACCCUUGACUUACCUGGUCGAAGGUCUCUUGUCAACGGGAUUGGCCCACAAUAAGGUCAACUGCUCUCAACUCGAGCUGCUGCAAUUCAGUCCCGCGAAUGGAACCGCAUGUGGUGAUUACAUGGCCCCGUACAUGCAAAUGGCCGGCGGCAGUGUCUUCAACCCCAACAGCACCGACAUCUGUCAAUUCUGCCCUCUGGCUACGACAGAUGCUUUCUUGACUACCAUAUCUACGUCAUACGGUAGACGAUGGCGGUCGUACGGGCUGAUGUGGGUCUACAUAAUCUUCAACUUGUUUGCAGCUUUGUUCCUGUAUUGGCUUGCUCGGGUGCCGAAGAAGCACUCCCUUGCUCAACUUUGGAAGAAGAAGUCUUCCUAA